AUGAAGGGCUAUGCUCGGUCGUCUACUGACGGUCCCACGUUCGCCGAGGCUAUGGCCUUGUGGGAAAAAAAGGCAGCGUUGCUGCAGGCGCAGCGUCAUGCUUGGAUGCAGGCGCAUCGUCAUGCUGUGCUGCAGGCUCAACAUGAUGCUUGGAUGGUCUCCCAAGUUCGCAAUCUGGCUGCUGAGGAGGACGAGGACUCGUGGGUCGUUUCUCCUGAGGACGAGGAAGUGCCUCAAGCUGAAAGCGUGGUCGGGGGAACGCCUGCAGCCAGUUGGAGACUGCCCCCUACACGGCGUCCCAGACCUGGCAGCACACGAGUAGCAGUGCUUCAGCCAGCUAUGGUGGAGAAAACGAUGGUGACUGUUUCUGUUGGAGCUCUCCAGGCUCUCAAAGGAGUUUCAGCAGCACUUGGGAUGAAGAUGCCGGGUAGGGCUGGAGGUGUGGUGUGUGAGGACAAGAAGCAGCCUUCAGGAGCUUUGGUUAUUCCUUCUGGUGGAGGUGUCAAGAAGGGGUCAGCAGUAGCAGAAAGUAAGAUGCAGCAGCACGUGAGGGUUGGAAGCUUGGCAUUCGGUGCACAGAACUCGCGUUCAGGUCGUGUGGACUCUCCUCCUGGUGGACGUAUCAAGGGAGCGUCGGCAGCCUUACAGAGCAAGAAGAAGCAGCAGCAAGUUGGUUCGGGAGCAUCACAGAGCAAGAAGAAGCAGCAGCAAGUUGGUUCGGCAGCAUCACAGAGCAAGGAAAAGCAGCAGAAGCAAGUUGGUUCGGCAGCAUCACAGAGCAAGAAGAAGCAGCAGAAGCAAGUUGGUUCGGCAGCAUCACAGAGCAAGGAGAAGCAGCAGAAGCAAGUUGGUUCGGGAGCAUCACAGAGCAAGAAGAAGCAGCAGCAGCAAGUUGGUUCGGCAGCAUCACAGAGCAAGAAGAAGCAGCAGCAGCAAGUUGGUUCGGCAGCAUCACAGAGCAAGGAGAAGCAGCAGCAAGUUGGGUUGGCAGCAUCACAGAGCAAGGAGAAGCAGCAGCAAGUUGGUUCGGCAGCAUCACAGAGCAAGAAGAAGCAGCAGCAGCAAGUUGGUUCGGCAGCAUCACAGAGCAAGGAGAAGCAGCAGCAAGCUGGGUUGGCAGCAUCACAGAGCAAGGAGAAGCAGCAGCAAGUUGGUUCGGCAGCAUCACAGAGCAAGGAGAAGCAGCUGCAAGUUGGUUCGGCAGCAUCACAGAGUAAGGAGAAGCAGCAGCAAGUUGGGUUCGCAGCAUCAGAGUGCAAGAAGAAGCAGCAGGAGCAAGCUGGGGGUGUGAGGGUUGGGAGGAGGGUGGAUCCUUCAAGAAUGACAAGGGUAGUGGCAAUAAGGCCUCCUUGGAGGCCAUAA